UUCUAGUAAUAAAAAUUUUUUUUGUAGAUUCUGGUAAUAUUACUUAAAAUGAGCAACAUUUGAGUAAUUUACCCUAAUCUUUAUCUAUGCUAAACAAUAAUGUUUCUUACGCCGUGGGAGCCUUUUGAUGAAACAGAGUUUAUUCAACAUUUUGGGUUAGCUUCACUCAACCAAAGAGUUGUAAAACUUAAUUAAUUAACAGAGGAGGAACUAAUCCAAAUUUGCUUGCACAGUUGCACUAAAGACUGUUUAUGAUACAUUUAAGCGAUCAAUCUUUAUUCUCUGCUUUUGUGUAUUGUUCUUUUACUGUUUGGCUGAACUAUGUAAUUUUGUGACGUUACUAUAACCAAUAAAUAACACUCUUGAGUCUGAAUAGUAUACUUUAUAAUAAUAACAUUACAUCAUUUUUAAAUCCUAACAUAUGCCAAACAAUCCUCAACGAGUAACCGGAUAAAAAAUAAAUCAAGAAAUUUGAAAGAAUUGGUUACAAAAUAUUAGAGUAAAAACUGAAAACUUUUUAUAAGUGAAAACGUGUUACUAAUGUAUAUUUGAAGAAAGAAUGACUAUACUAGGACAUAAAUCGAUGUUUAUUACUAGACUAGGUUGGUUUAUUUUUAACUUACUAAACUAGUACAAAUAAGUUGUUAAAAAGACGUUUAACCCUUCGUUAGUUGUUUAAUUUCGGAGAUGCCAUUUAGUUUUAAAAAAGUGAUUUAUUUCGUGAAACCCUAUGUAUUCGUGAAAACCCUAAGGAGACUUCAAUCGCUUUUUUCCCUACUGGCGAAGUGAUUGCGGAGGCGAUAUCGGCGGGGGUUCGUACGGAGAUCUCGGUUGGUCGGAAUUUGGGUGUAGAUUUCAGUGGUGGGGAUUCAGACGGAGAUUUCGGUGGCUGGGCAUUCAAGCGAAGACUUCAAUAGAAAUUUGGUUCGUGUUUCCUUGGGAGAUUGUUGAUGAGAUGAGUUCGUGAAGGGGAAAUCAGGCCGUGUUGUGGCGAAAUUGAAAUCGGCGUGAAGAAACCGGUGAGGUGUUAACUACGAACGUUGAGUGGAAAGUAUCUGGGUAGAUAGUGAUGAUGAAAAAAUCGAAAGUUAAGGGAUCAAGUGCAGAGAAGAAGUACCCUCCAAGGCUGUAUCCUGAAGGGAAAUCUCCCCUACAGAGACGGAGUAUGCAUCAUAACUGCACAUUGAGCAGUUUUGGAUUUAUGAAGGAGUGCAUUAGGGAUGAUGUGUACGCGGAUAUCAGAGAUAAUUCGCAAGUAGGUGUUAUCUUAAAACUAGCAGAUAGUGACUAUGUAUGGUGGGCAAAGUUGGUGCACUACAUGUUAACUCGACAGCUGGCAAUAGAGAGGAGCUAUGAGAUGUGGGCAUUGAUUGAAGGGAGUCCUAUCAGGUUUUCUCUUUAUGAGUAUGAAGACAUAUCCGGCCUGAACUGUGAUAUGAUAGAUGAAGAGGAUAAAGUGGAUGUUGAUCACACUGAAUUCUGGGCUGAGUUAAAUGUGGAUGUAGGGGUUGGUCCAAACUGGUUUGAUUUGGAUGAAGCGUUGAAGCAGUGUAGGACCUCGCUUCCUGAAUUGAGAAAGAAGAUUGGACUGUUGUUUGUCCUUCAUGUUGGUAUAUUGGGGCUAUCUCGGUCCAGCAGGAUUCCACUAGAGUAUGCGAAACGAGUUCUGGAUAGUGAGGCUUUUGAGAGAUUUCCUUGGGGUCGUGUUGGUUUUAAAGAGUUGAUUCAGUCAAUAAAAGUUGUGUCCUUUGAGAAUGAUACAUAUGCUAUACAUGGAUGUGUAUAUGUCCUAAUGGUAUGGGCUUUGGAAAGUUUGGUUAACUUUGGAAAAAAGUAUGGGACGAAAAGAAAAAUUGAUGAUGAUGAUGUCGAAGAAGNGAAAUAG